CCCCAUCUUCUAUUUGAACACCAAAAUAUAAGUACCAGAACCUUCUCUUCCUCUCUCAGACAAACGACAUCGGAAGCCAGAUGCAGCGGCAAAAUCUCGAGCAAGAUGUCAUGGCAACAGUAUGUGGAUGAGCACUUAAUGUGCGACGUCGAGGGGAACCAACUCACUUCAGCUGCCAUCAUCGGCCAACACGGCACCGUUUGGGCACAGAGCUCCAACUUCCCUCAGUUUACGGCUGAAGAAAUAGCUUCCAUAAUGAAAGAUUUCGAUGAACCUGGAACCCUUGCACCCACUGGCUUGUUUCUUGGUGGCACAAAGUAUAUGGUGAUUCAAGGUGAACCAGGGGCUGUCAUACGAGGAAAAAAGGGCUCUGGUGGUGUCACUGUCAAAAAGACCAAUCAGGCAUUGAUUAUUGGGAUAUAUGAUGAGCCUCUGACUGCUGGUCAGUGCAACAUGAUUGUUGAAAGGCUUGGUGAUUAUCUGAUUGAACAAGGUCUCUAGCUUGCAAGUUCAUGAUUUUAACGGUGGAAGUGAUCAGCAGAGCAAAAUUAAAGAAGUUUGGUUCUUGAAAGUGAGAUUUGGCUUCCCUUGUAUGAAAUAUUUGCAUCUGUAUCCUUUUAACUUAUGUUUGAAUCCUGUUUAUUUAUGGUGGAUUGUGGUGUACUAGGCAGUUAUGGAUUUCUUGUGAAUGAAGACCCCAUUGAGGCAAGGGCCGAUGAUGGCUUAGCUCAAUGUAGAAUUCUCAUA